CCCGCACUUCCUUUAAGAAUUCCCCACCGUCGGCGGAUCUCUCCCUCACCAUCCCCGAUCACCGCAGACAACCAGUCCAAGAUGUUGGAAGCCUUUGAGAUUCUAUCCACCUCCGGUGUCGUCCUGUGGUCGCGAUCCUACGCCCCGGUCGGCGCUCACAUCGUCAACAGCCUUAUCAACGACGUCUUUAUCGAGGAGAAGGUUCAACUCCAGGCUGUGAAUAACGCAUAUCCCGUCUACAAGAAAGAGAAGUAUACGCUGAAAUGGAAGAAGGCCAAGGAUUUCAAUCUCAUCUUUGUGGCGGUAUACCAGUCCCUGCUCCAUCUUGGUUGGAUCGAUAAACUCCUAGACAACAUCUCGACCAUCUUCCUCGAUCUAUACAAGGACCAACUAAAGAGCACUCGCGCUCGCAUCGUCGAGUACCCGUUCGACCGAUACUUCGAUCUACAGGUGAAGGAGUUGGAGAAUAUCUCGGGUGCGAUCACCUCCGAGGGCUUCGUGGCCGAUGCGGAAGACAAAAAAGACCCGCUGGUCUCGUCUGAUAAUGGCGGUCCGCCGCCGCCAACCAUGCCUGGCCUUAUUAAAGCGCAGCAUCAAGCUGCGCUAGGCGUGUCGACCUCCGAUGAGAGUUCGCCACCCCAGACCCCCGAUACUUCUCGACCAUCAACGCCCGCCGCAAGUCAUAUUCUAAGUGCCAAGGGCGGACCCCGUGGUUCCCGACGUGCGCGCAAGGCGGCGAAUGCGAGCGCCAAUGCUUCUUCCGGCGAUGAGAAAUUUCGCAAGGGAAAGACGGCGAGUGCUAAGAAAGGCCGCAAGUGGGACGCCGACGGAAUGGCUGAUGAGGAUGACGGCACGGUCCUCGAUUAUUCGGCGCCAGUCGAUGAGACAUCGGCCCCGUCCGUGGAUACUAUCGCACAAGACUCUUGGGGACGUCGAACUGGCAAGGGUCAAUUUGUUCUGAAGGACCUAGGGGACGAAGUCCAUUCGAUUCUUGAGAAUGCAGAUAGUGAGAAGGCGAAAACUUCCACGUCGUCUGGAUUCGUCGGCUCGGGUUUCAGCGCGAUCGGUGGUCUUCUGCGCAAUGUUGUUGGCGGAAAGGUUUUGACGGAGGCUGAUCUGGAGAAGCCGUUGAAAACCAUGGAAGACCAUCUUCUCAAGAAGAACGUGGCGCGCGAGGCAGCUGUCCGACUAUGCGACGGCGUGCAGCGAGAGCUUGUUGGCAAGAAGACGGGCAACUUCCAAAGUGUGGACGCUGCGCUCCGCUUGGCAAUGGAGUCUUCUCUGAGAAAUAUCUUGACCCCUACCUCGUCCUUGGACUUGCUCCGGGAAAUUGAUACCGUCACCUCGCCGACUACCCGACAAGCAGCUCCGCGUCCGUACGUGAUUUCAAUUGUCGGCGUCAACGGCGUUGGCAAAUCGACAAACCUGGGCAAGAUCUGUUACUUCUUACUGCAGAACAACUACCGGGUUCUGAUCGCUGCGUGUGACACCUUCCGAUCCGGAGCUGUGGAGCAACUUCGUGUUCAUGCUCGGAACUUGAAGGAGCUCAGCUCUCGCGAGAAUGUCGGUGAUCUUGAGCUGUACGAGAAGGGGUACGGGAAGGAUGCCGCGAAUGUCGCCAAGGACGCCGUUGAAUACGGAGCGGCCCAGAAGUUCGACGUGGUUCUGAUUGACACUGCCGGUCGUCGCCAUAACGAUGAGCGCCUGAUGUCCUCGCUGGAGAAGUUUGCCAAGUUCGCCCGACCCGACAAGAUUUUCAUGGUUGGAGAAGCCCUGGUCGGAACAGACAGUGUGAUGCAGGCGCGUAACUUCAACAAAGCCUUUGGCACUGGGAGAAACCUGGAUGGGUUUAUCAUCAGUAAAUGCGACACGGUUGGCGACAUGGUGGGCACCCUUGUGAGCAUGGUCCAUGCCACUGGAAUUCCCAUUGUGUUCUUGGGAGUCGGUCAGCAUUACGGGGAUCUGCGAGGGCUUAGUGUGCCUUGGGCGGUUAAUUUGUUGAUGAAGUGAUGAAAUGGCAUGGGAUAAUCGCUAUGGAUUAAUGUUGUGUGUAUAGUGCUCCGGGUGUGUUCUGAACUUCUGGGACACUUACUAGCUCCCAGGUUAAUCUGGCUAGCUUAUAAUAAGUAAUUCUGGAGUAGCUUUAUCUUGUUUAUAAUACUUUAUGUAAUUAGAAUAGGUCUUUAUACUGUGUACGAACUAAC